UUCAGCAAGAAAUAUACUACAAAAUGAAUGAUCUUGCUAUCAAAAGAAUAACAAAUGAAAUUAUCAAAUCACCUGAGGAUAAACGAGAAUAUCGUGGGUUAGAACUGGCAAAUGGAAUCAAAGCAAUGCUUAUCAGUGAUCCCACUACAGACAAAUCUUCAGCUACACUUGAUGUACACAUAGGAUCGUUAUCUGAUCCCCUUAAUAUUUCUGGGUUAAGCCAUUUUUGUGAACAUAUGCUAUUUUUGGGAACUGAAAAAUACCCAAAAGAAAAUGAGUACAGCCAAUUUCUCAGUGAACAUGGAGGGAGUUCAAAUGCUUUUACAAGUGGAGAACACACCAACUACUACUUUGAUGUCUCACACGAACACUUGGAAGGUGCUCUUGACAGGUUUGCCCAGUUUUUCUUGUGCCCUCUCUUUGAUGAAAGCUGCAAAGACAGAGAAGUAAAUGCUGUCGAUUCGGAGCACGAGAAGAAUUUAAUGAAUGAUUCAUGGAGACUAUUUCAGCUAGAAAAGGCUACUGGAAAUCCUAAUCAUCCAUUUAGCAAAUUUGGCACAGGGAACAAGUUCACUUUGGAAACUAGACCAAACCAAGAAGGAAUAGAUGUAAGGCAAGAACUGUUGAAGUUUCACUCCACUUACUAUUCAUCGAAUUUAAUGGCUGUUUGUGUUUUAGGACGGGAAUCUUUAGAUGAGCUAACCAGUCUGGUGGUGAAGUUAUUUUCUGAAGUAAAGAAUAAAAAUGUUCCAUUACCAGAAUUCCCUGAACAUCCCUUCCAGGAAGAACAUCUCCGGCAACUUUACAAGGUGGUACCUAUUAAAGAUUUUAGAAAUCUUUAUGUCACAUUUCCAAUACCAGAUCUUCAAAAGUACUACAAAUCAAACCCUGGCCACUAUCUUGGUCACCUUAUUGGGCAUGAAGGUCCAGGAAGUCUUUUAUCAGAACUGAAAGCUAAAGGCUGGGUAAGCACACUGGUUGGUGGACAAAAAGAAGGUGCUCGAGGCUUCAUGUUUUUUAUCAUUAAUGUUGAUCUUACUGAAGAAGGACUGUUACAUGUGGAAGAUAUUAUUUUGCAUAUGUUUCAAUAUAUUCAAAAGCUACGCACAGAAGGACCUCAAGAAUGGGUUUUUCAAGAAUGUAAGGAUCUAAAUGCUGUAGCAUUCAGAUUUAAAGAUAAGGAAAGACCCCGAGGUUAUACAUCAAAACUUGCAGGGAUGCUUCAUUACUAUCCUAUUGAAGAAGUACUUGCUGCUGAAUAUUUACUUGAAGAAUUUAGGCCUGAUUUAAUAGAAAUGGUAUUGGACAAACUGAGACCUGAAAAUGUCCGGGUUGCAAUUGUCUCUAAGACAUUUGAAGGAAAAACUGAUAAAAAAGAAUGCUGGUAUGGAACCCAGUACAAGCAAGAAAUGAUUUCUGAUGAAGUCAUUAAGAAAUGGCAAAAUGCUGACCUGAAUGGGAAAUUCAAGCUUCCAAUGAAAAAUGAAUUUAUUCCUACUAACUUUGAAAUUAUACCUUUAGAGAAGGAUGCACCACAGUACCCAACUCUGAUUAAGGAUACUGCUAUGUGCAAGCUAUGGUUCAAGCAAGAUGACAAAUUUUUCCUUCCUAAAGCUUGUCUCAACUUUGAAUUUUUCAGCCCAUUUGCUUACGUGGAUCCCUUACAUUGUAACAUGGCCUAUUUGUACCUUGAACUACUCAAAGACUCCCUCAACGAGUAUGCAUAUGCAGCAGAACUAGCUGGCUUGAACUAUGAUCUCCAAAAUACCAUCUAUGGGAUGUAUCUUUCUGUAAAAGGUUAUAAUGACAAGCAACAUAUUCUGCUGAGGAAGAUUAUUGAGAAAAUGGCUACCUUUGAGGUUGAUGAAAAGCGAUUUGAAAUUAUCAAGGAGGCGUACAUGCGAUCACUUAACAACUUUCGAGCUGAACAGCCACAUGAGCAUGCAAUGUAUUACCUUCGGCUCUUAAUGACAGAAGUUGCUUGGACCAAAAAUGAAUUAAAAGAAGCUUUAGAUGAUGUCACUCUUCCUCGCCUCAAGGCCUUUAUUUCACAGCUGUUGUCACGGUUACAUAUUGAAGCACUUCUCCAUGGCAAUAUAACAAAACAGGCCGCAUUAGGGAUUAUGCAAAUGGUUGAAGACACGCUCAUUGAGCAUGCUCAUACAAAACCUCUGCUUCCCAGCCAGCUAGUAAGAUACAGAGAAGUACAGCUGCCUGAUAGAGGAUGGUUCGUCUAUCAACAGAGGAAUGAAGUUCAUAAUAAUUGUGGGAUAGAAAUAUAUUAUCAAACAGAUAUGCAAAGCACUUCAGAGAAUAUGUUUUUGGAGCUCUUCUGUCAAAUUAUCUCAGAGCCUUGCUUUAAUACUCUGCGCACUAAGGAACAAUUAGGUGAGCUUUUGGUUGUGUGCGUGUCUCUCUCUUGAGAUCAGUGUAUAUAC